ACCCCCAACCUCGCUGUGGCCUGCGGCUCCCGGGCCGGUAGCGUCGCUCUCGGUCGCGCGAACGGCUCGUGUGGAAACGCGGGUCCCCGACGCUCGUUGCCGGCCCCAGCUCAGCCCCGCGCCGCCGAGCCGCUCGGCCCGGAGCCUCCGCCAUGGACUUCGAGGACGAUUACACACACUCUGCUUGCAGGAAUACUUAUCAGGGUUUUAAUGGAAUGGAUCGAGAUUAUGGCCCUGGAUCUUAUGGAGGGAUGGAUCGUGACUAUGGCCAUGGAUCCUAUGGGGGUCAAAGAUCCAUGGACUCCUACCUAAACCAGUCAUAUGGCAUGGACAAUCACAGUGGUGGUGGUGGGGGUAGCAGUAGCUUUCUGCAGCAGCUGGGGUAUGACAGCCUUGUCCCUGAUCUGUAAUUCCAGACAACUCCAGGGUGAACUGGCAGACCAAUCCAAAGCUACUACGUCAGAUAAAGUGAUGCUGUUUGCACAACUCAGUGUCCUCAAGAGAUAUUCAUGUAAUACCCCCGAUUUGUAUUCUGCAUGAAACUCCUUUUACAAGACAUAAACUUCCCAUAGGGAGCAAAUGUAGCCAGCUAAAAGAUGCUGAACAUAUGACUGUGUAAUGUAAUUUUAAACUCAGAAGGAAUUGGCUAGGCCUUUUCCAUCUUAGAAGCCGAAAGCUAUAAAAGAACCCACGAUUUCUUUUUUAAGUAUAACAUUCUUAAUUUUGGGAUUCUAAUCGAGCCAUGUUCUAAUUCUAAUCAAGCAAUGCUAGUCAUAUGACAGAUUAAUAUAAAUAUUUGAAUUGUAUAUAUCAUGAGAUUUGAGUACUCAGAUUUAUCACAAAAAACUAAUUGAUUUAUUAUUUGUACCUAAUUGACUUACAUUUGAAGCAGCUAAUUAAAUGAUUUCUGUUGUCACAUUAAUUGCAUUAGAGAAACUUUGACUAAAUGAUGUAUUUGUGUUUUAUUUGCAUGGUACUUGCUAAUUCUCUCAUUCUCAAUCAGGGAUUCUCCAUCUUGGCCUGUUAAUAUUUGGGUUGGAGACUUGGUUGUGGGGGCCUCUUCUGUGCCUUAGAGGAUGUUCGGCAACAUCUGAGUUCUCUACGUAAUAGAUUCCAGUGGCACACGCCGUCAUGACAGUCAUUGACGGAUGUCCCCUGGGAGGCAAAAUUCUGCCCAACUGAGAAUCAUCAGUCUAGAUCAAAGUAGUUGGGUGUGGGGUUUGAACUCUAAAUGUUUCGUUUGGAGAUAUUGGGAUUUUUUUUUUUUAAAGCCACCUUAGAUUCAGCAAUUCUAGGAAGCAUUCCUGGGUUUCCUUGACCCUCUCUUCCUCUACACACAGAUAAGCCAUGCUCUUUCUCUCUUCACUCUGUGCUCUGGGCCUCGCUUUCCAGAAGGGAUAUUGUUUUCUUUGUUCCUGUCUCCAGCCAGCACAGUGCAUGGCACAAGGAAGAGGCUCAAAAAAAUGAGCUGGCUGGAAGAAUGACUGUUACCCGUUAUUUUUCUCUGGGAAGUAUAUGUCUCUAAAUACAGAACUUUGUUUAAAAAAA